AUGUCAGUCUCCGGACAGAACAACGUCGACCUCGACUCCCUUCUCGACCUCACCGAGUACGAUGGCAUGGGCAACCAGUCUCUGUCCCCCUCGCCCUCGGCAACCUCGAAGGCCACUUUUGCAAGCCCCGUCUCUGCCACUAUCCAGACUCCCAACGUCGGCCCCGCCACUACUCAGACCCUGAGCGGUCCCAGUCACAACUAUGACAUGUACCGCCAGCAGACCGGCUUUGUCCCCGGCGCCCUGACCAACACCAUGGCCGUGAACCAGUCCAACAACACUGGCUACCAGGACUUUGGCAGCCUCGACUACAUAUCCGGCAUGAGCCCUGAGAAUGACAUCUUUGAUUUCAACUCGUCAAACUCCCAGGGCCACAUGCCCGCGUCCGAAAUGGAGCUCGAGUAUGAGUCUGGUGCCGCCGACUUGCAAGGCUUCUUCCCCACAAUAAACCCCAGCAACAUUCAGCAGGAGGGCAACAUGCCUCACACUGGCAAUACCUCGUCCCCCGACGAUGACAAGCACUUUGCCGCCUCCAACCUGCCCAGGAGCAAGAAGGAGGAGGAGGAAAUGGAUGAGGACGAGCGCCUACUGGCCAGUGAGGAGGGAAAGAAGCUGAGCAGCAAGGAGCGUCGCCAGCUGCGCAACAAGGUCUCUGCCCGCGCCUUCCGCUCUCGCCGCAAGGAGUACAUCACCCAGCUCGAAGCCGAGAUUGCCGGCAAGGUCAAUGAGAACGGAGACCUGCGUGCUCAGAACCGUGCCCUUCUCGACGAGAACAAGCGCCUGACGGAUCUCACCCGUAUGCUCCUGUCUUCGCCAUCCUUCUCCAACUUCCUUGAUGACCUCAGCUCCAACCCCGCUGCCGCUAGCGCCAGCGCCAGCCAGGGUGCUGCUCCUGUCAAGAUGGAGCCCCAGCAGCAGCAGCAGCAGCAGCAGCAGCAGGGUGAGCGUCAGCAGCCCAAGGACGUCGGCUCCUACGGCUCCCAGCAGUCCCAGCAGCAGAUUGGUAUGGCCAUGAUCCCCGAGCAGGCCAUGGACUUUUCCAUGCUCACCCUUGACGGAGCCUACAACUUCCAGCCCCAGGUAUUCGUCGUCGACAACCUGGACAUUGCUUCCCCCAUCGACACUGCUGUCCUGUCCGGCAAGACUACCAACUUUGUUGAUCAGUCCCUUCCUGAGUCUGACGACGACAAGAUGGAGAUACACGCCAUCGAGCGUGCUCCCGUCGACAACAACGACAACAAGGCUACCACCUCCGCCCCCAUCGAUGAAGAGUUCGAGUCGGAUCCCGACUUCGCCCUCUACCACUCCGAGCCUAUUGAGACUAUCACCAACAAGCAGGAGGAGCAGGACGACGAUGAGCUCAGCGCCAACAUCUUUGGUGGCGUCGUGCCUGAGAAGGUUCUCGCCCGCUACCAGCUUGUGGACGCCACGGAGGAGGAGGCCUCUGCUGCCGUGUCCAUGGCUCGCGUACAGCGCAUCAGUGAGAACGUUGAGAGCAUCGUCUCGAGACUCGAGCUCUUGACCAUGGACAUCAAGUCCGUUUGA